AUGGAAAAAUCCAAUGACAGCUCAGAGUACGGCUUUAUCCUGGUGGGUUUCUCUGAUCGCCCCAAACUUGAGAUGGUGCUCUUCAUAGUAAAUUUUACUCUGUAUUCAGUGGCUGUGUUAGGAAAUUCAACCAUAAUCCUUGUAUGCAUAUUAGACCCUCGACUUCAUACACCUAUGUACUUCUUUCUGGCAAAUCUUUCCUUCCUAGAUCUAUGUUUCAGUACUAGUUGCAUCCCACAGAUGUUGGUAAACCUCUGGGGCCCAGAGAAGACGAUCAGCUAUGCUGGCUGUGUUGUCCAACUUUUCUCUUUCCUUUCUGUCGGUGGAAUUGAGUGCAUCCUUCUGGCUGUUAUGGCAUAUGAUCGUUAUGCAGCAGUCUGCAAACCUUUGCACUACAUGGUCAUUAUGCAUCCCCAGCUAUGUUUGCGGCUGGUGGCUGUGGCCUGGGGAAGUGGAUUGGUCAAUGCCAUUGUCAUGUCACCACUGACAAUGACCCUGUCCAGAUGUGGUCGCCGACGAGUGAACCAUUUCCUUUGUGAAAUGCCAGCACUGAUCAAGAUGGCUUGUGUAGAUGCUCGGGCCGUGGAAAUGUUGGCCUUUGCCUUUGCCAUUCUUAUUGUACUACUGCCCCUCACUCUCAUACUUGUUUCUUAUGGCUACAUUGCUGCAGCAGUGCUGAGGAUCAAAUCAGCUGCUGGAAGAUGGAAGGCCUUCAAUACCUGUAGCUCCCACCUCACUGUGGUCUCUUUAUUUUAUGGAAGCAUCAUCUACAUGUACAUGCAGCCAGGAAACAGCUCUUCCCAAGACCAAGGCAAAUUUCUCACUCUCUUCUACAACCUGGUGACUCCCAUGCUAAAUCCACUUAUAUACACUUUAAGGAAUAAGGAGGUGAAAGGAGCACUGAAGAAGGUUUUGGGGAGACAAUCGUGA